UUGUGUUCUUCAACUUUUCUUUUUAAAUCAAACCUUUUCUUUUUUAAAUCCCAUUGCAUUUCCUAACGCUCAAAAAUCUCUUUCUCUCUCUCUACUAAUAUCUCUCUCUUGUUGAAGAAGACGAAGACUCAAAUCGGAGAUUGUUUGUUUGGUUUGCUCUGGAAUUGAAGAAAGGUUCUGUUGUGGUUGCUUGAGAUCAAAAUGGCUGGGAUUUGUUGCGGUGUUGUUGGAGAGACUGAACCGGCGGCACCGGUUGAUUCAACUACUCGAGCUUCUCUUAGACGGAGGUUAGAUCUACUUCCGUCGAUCAAGAUUGUUGCUGACUCCGCCGUUGCUCCUCCGCUUGAGAGUUGUCGUAAAAGGCAGAAGCGUGAGACAGUACUGUCGAGAAAUCUAGAUCUGGAAUCGAAUGUGAGGAGUGAACACAAGAAGGUUAAAUCAGCGGUUACGAAUUCAAAUUCCGUUACGGAAGCAGAGAGCUGUUUCUUUUCCGAUGUACCUAGGAUUGGUACGACGUCGGUUUGUGGGAGAAGAAGAGACAUGGAAGACGCUGUAUCUAUUCAUCCUUCGUUUCUUCAACGAAACUCUGAGAAUCUUCAUUUCUACGGUGUUUUUGACGGCCAUGGCUGCUCUCAUGUUGCGGAGAAGUGUAGAGAACGGUUGCAUGAUAUAGUGAAGAAGGAAGUUGAAGUUAUGGCUUCCGACGAGUGGAAAGAGACGAUGGUGAAGAGUUUUCAAAAAAUGGACAAAGAAGUUAGCCAGCGAGAGUGUAACUUAGUUGUUAAUGGUGCAAAUCGGAGUAUGAAGAACUCUUGUAGAUGUGAAUUGCAGUCUCCUCAGUGCGAUGCCGUCGGAUCCACCGCUGUUGUCUCUGUUGUCACGCCGGAGAAGAUCAUUGUUUCCAACUGCGGCGAUUCUCGCGCGGUACUUUGCCGUAAUGGUGUAGCCAUUCCUCUAUCCGUAGAUCACAAGCCGGAUCGACCCGAUGAAUUGAUUCGGAUCCAGCAAGCGGGUGGGCGGGUUAUUUAUUGGGACGGAGCUAGGGUUCUUGGUGUUCUUGCCAUGUCUAGAGCAAUUGGUGACAAUUACUUGAAACCAUAUGUGAUUCCGGAUCCGGAGGUUACAGUGACGGAUCGAACCGACGACGACGAGUGUUUGAUUUUGGCGAGUGAUGGACUAUGGGACGUUGUACCAAAUGAGACGGCAUGUGGUGUGGCUCGCAUGUGCCUUCGAGGUGCUGGUCCGAUGGAUGGUGAUGAUUCUGAUGCAGCUGCGGCGCACAAUGCGUGCUCCGAUGCUGCGUUGCUAUUGACGAAGUUGGCUCUAGCGAGACAGAGCUCCGAUAACGUGAGCGUCGUAGUGGUUGACCUGAGGAAGAGGAGGAAUAAUCAAUCGUCGUCUUAAUUAUAUAAUUAGUGUUUUAAUUAGUAAUAGUAUUAGAGAAAUUGUUACAUAAGCCUAAUUGUAAUUUUUCUUAUUUUUUAUUUUCUAUUUUAGUUUUCUCAUUGAAGGUGUUUUUUCUUUUUUUAGUUAGCUCUUAAUUCAGGCUGGGGAAGAAAAAAAGCUGAUUAAAAACUUGCGUAUUUUCUUUUAUUUUUCUCUUAAGGUACUAUUUUAUAUACAUGUAUUCUUUUACUAUGGGCGUGUAGAAUUGCAGAGUAAUGAAAACAGAUCUAUGCGUAUGCA